AUGGUUUCUAUGAAGGAAUCCUCCAAGACACCGCUGCUGCCGGUUUCUGAUUCCGGCAGCGGCAGCAGCAAGAAGAGCCCGACCAUGACAAAGAAAGGUGCAUUUGCUGCCAUUUCGUACAUGGCUUGUGCUGUUCUGUUGGUAAUCUUCAAUAAAGCAGCAAUUUCUUCGUAUAAUUUUCCGUCUGCAAAUGUCAUCACACUUUUUCAGAUGCUUUUUUCAUGUCUAUUUCUCUAUGCAUUGAGAUUUUGGAAGAUUAUUUCCUUCACAUCCGAUGGAAAACUCGGCUUGAACAACCACCCGGCAAAACUUGUACCACUGAAGACUAUAAUUCAUACCCUUCCUUUGACAAUUUCAUAUUUAUUUUACAUGGUUAUCUCAAUGGAAUCUAUCCGCGGGAUCAAUGUUCCUAUGUACACAGCCCUUAGACGGACGACUGUUGCUUUUACAAUGAUGAUGGAGUAUAUUUUGCUGGGACAGAAACAUUCACCAUAUUUUGUUGGCAGUGUAGGAACAAUCAUAUUGGGCGCAUUCAUCGCUGGGGCUCGUGACUUGUCAUUCGACUUUUACGGUUAUUCUAUUGUAAUCCUUUCAAACAUCACUAAUGCAAUAAACCUCGCUUGCAUAGCUCAGACUGGAAAAUCUAGUGGCCUUAAUAGCUUUGGCCUUAUGUGGUGCACUGGAAUAACUUGCGGACCAAUCUUGCUAAUAUGGGCAUUUUUCAGUGGUGAACUGGAAACAACCAUGAAUUUCCCAUACUUGUACUCAUAUGGUUUCCAGGCUGUGAUGUUUUUGUCGUGUGUUGUGGCUUUUUUAUUAAACUACACCGUGUUUUUGAACACAACUGUCAAUUCAGCACUUACACAGUCGAUAUGUGGGAACUUGAAGGACCUGUUUACAAUUGGUUUUGGCUGGAUACUCUUCGGUGGACUUCCUUUUGAUUUGUUAAACGUCGUGGGUCAAUCUCUCGGUUUCUUGGGAUCCGGCCUAUGUGCAUAUUGUAAACUUAAAGGGAAGUAGCACCCAGAAUCGUGCUUUUGAUCGA